GGAAGUUACUCACGCUCCACGCCCAGCGCUGUAGUCUUGGCUACAGGGUGUGUGGGGCUGUCCCAGGGUCUCGAGGGCCCAGUGGCGGCGGCCCUGGGGAGGGGCGCGGUGCACGGCGGCCUUCCGCGGCCUUAGGACCGGGGUAGGCCGCUGCGCACAGCGUGCGGCGCGGACUCCCGGGAACCUCGAGUCCCGCACUCAUUGGAGCCGACUCGGCGGCGCUGGAGGGAUCGACGGGAAAUGGCGGACGAGGCGUUGUUUUUGCUUCUCCAUAACGAGAUGGUGUCCGGAGUAUACAAGUCCGCCGAGCAGGGGGAAGUGGAAAAUGGCCGGUGCAUUACUAAGCUGGAGAACAUGGGGUUUCGAGUGGGACAAGGAUUGAUAGAAAGGUUUACGAAAGAUACUGCAAGGUUCAAGGAUGAAUUAGACAUCAUGAAGUUCAUAUGUAAAGAUUUUUGGACUACAGUAUUCAAGAAACAAAUUGACAAUCUAAGGACAAAUCACCAGGGCAUAUAUGUGCUUCAGGACAACAAAUUUCGACUACUUAUACAGCUGUCUGCAGGAAAACAGUAUUUAGAACAUGCAUCCAAGUAUCUAGCAUUUACGUGUGGCUUAAUCAGAGGUGGCUUGUCAAACUUGGGAAUAAAAAGUAUUGUAACAGCUGAAGUCUCUUCAAUGCCUGCCUGCAAAUUCCAGGUGAUGAUACAGAAGCUGUAGAGAGAGGUGGCGACUGCUGGGCAGAGCAUUGCACGUCCUGAUUUCACGUCAUCGUUGGCUGUCUUCGUUGGAGCAAAUUGUUACCUUACCAGAGUCACAUAGACCAAAUCAAAGUAGAUCCUAACUGAACUGUUCAGAGUGAUUUCAGAGAACUAGACACCACGAUGCAACGCCCUUCAUUUUAAACAUCUUUAUUUCCAUAGGGUGAUAAGCAUUUAACCAUCAAUUGGGAAGGAAACUCAGGGUGUGUUGAAUUGCUGUAUAAAAAAAAUGCACCAAUCAGAAUAGUUUGUGUUCAAAUGACCAAAAUUUGUUGAAGUAUAAAUCUGUUUUAGUUAUUUAAAAAAAACAAACCACUAUGUUAAAUUAAGCUUAAUUUUUAUUGUAUUGCUCAUAAUUUAUUUCUGUUGAGAGAAUUCAUAUGCUUAUGUAAGAUUUCAUUUAUACAUUGUAUAUAUAUAUGUGUAUAUAUAAAUACAUGCAUUACUGUCUAAACUGCUUGAAAGUUUAUUUUAAUAGAUUUCAGUCCUUGA